AUAUUGGGAUUCGUGUGUUUCAUGGGUCCUGGUAUCUUCAUUGCGCUUACUGGUCUCGGUGGUGGAGGCCAAGUCAACAGUAAGGUCCAGGCUAACGCUAGCGCGAUUUUGUAUGCGACUUUCGCAUUUUCUGGAUUAUUCUCCGGUUCUAUUAACAAUAUCCUUGGUCCUCGGUGGACACUGAUGCUUGGAACUUUGGGCUACUCGUUAUAUAUUGCCUCGUUCCUUGUUAUCAACAUCCAUCCCGACGCGAGUGCUUUCGUUAUCACGACCGGUGCCAUCCUUGGUAUCUGUGCAGCUUUACUUUGGACCGCGCAGGGUUCUAUGAUGAUGGCGUACCCCACAGAGGCUCAGAAGGGCACGUUCAUCUCUAUCUUUUGGACAAUUUUCAAUCUUGGAGGAGUCGUGGGUUCCACUGUAGCGUUUGGAACCAGUUUCAAGAACACCACCAACAGAGUUAGCAAUGCCACAUAUGUUGGCUUCCUGAUUUUGACCCUCAUCGGCGUAUUCCUCCCACUGUUGAUGGCAAACCCAGACAAGGUGAUUCGUACGGACGGGACUCGCGCGAAUCAGGUCCGCCACCCAUCAUGGAAGUCGGAGUUGUUCCGCCUAUACGUGGCGCUAAAGACUGACCCUUGGAUUAUCCUCCUCUUCCCGAUGUUCUUUGCCAGUAACUACUGCUAUACUUGGGAGUACAAUGAUUACAAUGGCGCGAUAUUCACUAUUCGUGCACGGGGCUUGAAUAGCUUAAUGUCCUAUACGUCGCAGAUCUUUGGAUCUGUCUUCCUCGGUUAUUUUAUUCUUGACCAGAAAAGGGUCCGGCGCAGAGUUCGUGCCUUCUACGGCUGGAUCCUUGUGUUCCUUGUGGUUCUCGCUGCCCACGUCUGGGCGUAUUUCUACCAAAAGACAUAUACCCGCGUUGAAGCUGUGAAGGAUGCUUACAAGAUCGACAUCAUAGACGAAACCUAUGCUGCUCAUGUCUGGGUCAUGAUAGUUCAUGGCUUCCUGGAUUCAAUGUUGCAGACAUAUGCAUACUGGCUAAUAGGCGCGAUGUCGAACGACCCCGCCAAGCUGGCCGUGUUUACUGGCUUUUAUAAGUCCCUGCAAUCAGCGGGUGCGGCGGGCGCUUGGAGUACUGAUGCUGCUGGAAUCCUAUAUAUGAACAUCUUCCUGUCGACUUGGUGCCUAAUGGUCGCUGGCAUGAUCUUCGCUGCACCGAUGGUAUACCUUCGCGUUACCGAUCACACGGACGUGGAGGAUGAGACUCUGAGCACGACCAGUGUGCGAGUCGCGGACGUAGAAAAGAUCACACCAGCGGCGGCAACGGCGGAGAAAGCAUAACCAAACAUUGAGCAUAGACGUGAGUUUGGGAGUUAGAUAGGUUACUU